CGGCUUUAAUACUUUAAAACAUAAGUAAUAUCGGCGCUGAAAAAAUAAAAACAAUGAAUUCAAUAGUUUUUGUUGUAUUCGUUGUAAUAUUCUGUGCUGUUCAAAGUAAGCCUUUGGAGGAAACUGAAAUUGAACCUUCUUUGGUGGCAGUUCCAGAGCAUCGGCUUUUCAAAAGGUUUAUAAACCCAUCGAUGACUUCGGGCGGGUUUACUAGCAACGAUUUUUCAAAAAUAAGAGCUAAAAGAAAUUUAGAAGAAGAAUGCGAGAAGCUGGAAUUGUGCAAGCUGCACGCUCGAUCCAAUCGGAACUUCAUAGCAGCUUUUGAAUUGUACUUUGUCAACAAAGAGAACGCUCGUCUCUGGGAUCAUCGCGCGCAUUCGUUGUCCGAAUGUGCACAAAGGUAUAGCUGCGACAGAUAACCUAAGAUUUACUACGAACCAAUAAAGAUUCUCAAAAUCCGCCAA